CAAGAUCAAAUAUAUAACCGCCUCCAGGCUUCUCUCUCUGAAACGCAGUUAGCUAGUUUUCUCUAUUCUCUUACCUGGCGACAGUAAAUCGAAAUAAUAUGUGAAAGCAUAUAGCAUACACACCAACGAACGAGCAUGACGAUGAAGUUAAAGUUUGAUUACCAUGAGGAAUAUAUAAGAAACUUUGAGUUGUUCGCUUGCAGAUGGGUUCCAUCUUCUUCUCCUCCUAAAGCUCUCAUCUUCCUCUGCCAUGGCUAUGGGAUGGAGUGCAGUGUCUUCAUGAGAGAAUGCGGGAUACGUCUGGCUUUAGCAGGAUAUGCGGUAUUUGGAAUGGACUACGAAGGUCAUGGUCGAUCCAAAGGAGCUCGUUGUUACAUCAAGAAGUUUAGUAACAUAGUAAACGACUGCUACGACUAUUACACUUCGAUCUCUGCGCGAGAAGAAUACAAAGAAAAAGGCAGAUUCUUGUAUGGAGAAUCCAUGGGAGGUGCGGUUGCUUUGUUGCUUCACAAGAGAGAUCCUUCUUUCUGGAAUGCUGCCCUUCUCGUUGCUCCUAUGUGUAAGAUAUCAGAGAAGGCAAAACCACAUCCAGUAGUGAUUAAUCUACUAACGAGAGUGGAAGAGAUUAUACCAAAAUGGAAGAUCGUCCCCACCAAAGAUGUUAUCGAUGCUGCCUUCAAAGAUCCGGUCAAGCGCGAAGAGAUAAGGAACAACAAGCUGAUAUAUCAAGACAAACCAAGACUCAAAACAGCACUUGAGAUGCUUAGAACGAGCAUGAACCUCGAAGACAGUCUCCACGAGAUCACAUUACCCUUCCUUGUUCUUCACGGUGAAGCAGACAUAUUGACCGAUCCAGAGAUUAGCAAAGCCCUGUUCGAGAAAGCAAGCUCACGUGACAAAACCAUUAAACUUUAUCCAGGGAUGUGGCAUGGGUUGACUUCUGGUGAGCCUGACGCCAACGUUGACCUCGUUUUUGCUGACAUCAUUACUUGGCUUGAUGAUCGUACCGGCGACUCCGCUUCUCUCACUGUCACUCCGGUUCGUCGAGAUGUCAUCUCAAACGUACAAAAGGUCGUGGAAGGCGCUUGUAACGAUCGAGGGAAACCUAAACGGCAGUAUGCUAGUCUGCUUUGUGGGUUAAACGGUGGUGGACGCCGUUUGGUCCAUCGAUCUUCUAUGUAAUAAACAAACAGAGGAUAAUCUGUUUCUUGUGUUCAUUUUGUAUUAGUCCUUGCUCUAGGACCUACUUGAUAAUAUCAGGGUCUUAAAAUAAAAUGAUUUAGUAUCUAAGCUUAAUUAUAUAAGUAUUAAUUUUAAUAAAAUUUAGUUACUUGAUUAAAAUAUAA